AUGGUGAAGAGAAAGGUUGCAGCUCUGGAAAAGAUCGACGCGGACUUCGCGAGUUUGCAGUACAAAAUUCGUCGAGAUCCAAAAUCGUACAAAGAUGACUUCCUCAAACAAUGGGAGCAAUAUGAAUCCCAGCGCGAAAUCUUCCUCAUGAACCCGACCGGCGGAACGGCCGACUCCAUCGAAUCUUUCCACAACAUGAUUGACUUGAUUGCUCACGUUGCCGAUUGCUACCCCGCGGAAACAAAGACAUACCCAGACGACUUGAAGUUGAUCCUCAACGAACACCAUACCGUGCUGCAUCCUGAUCUUAGAGACAAAAUUGUGGGAAGUCUGGUGCUUCUUCGACGCAAAGAUGUGAUUGAUUCAGCGAGCUUGCUGACCACCUUGUUUCCAAUCCUGGUGUCGUCGCCGAGUAAAACACUACGCGAACUGUUAUUUCAGAAAAUUCUGAGCGAUAUGCGAAACUCGAAUUCCAAGGCGAUAAACCACCCGCUGAACCGAACGGUACAAACAGUUCUAUACAACUUGGUCACUGCAGACCGAUCGUCGCCCAGGGCAAUUUGGGCCAUCAAGUUGACGCGCGAACUGUGGAAGCGACAAAUCUGGACGGAUUCCAAACCCGUCGACGUGAUGAAGGAGGCGUGCUUGUCUGACAACGAAAAGGUGGUGAUUGGUGCGACACGCUUCUUCCUUGGUGGAGAUAAAGAAAGAGAAGAGCUGGAAGACGAUAGCAGUGAUGACGAGAUUGACUUGUCCAAGAUAAGGCAUCAGAUUGGCAUCAAUAAGAAGACGAAGAAGCAGAAAAAGACGUACGAGAAGGCGGUUAACAAGGUGCGCCGCGACCAACAGAAAAAAGCCAAACCUCACCCGCUCAACUUCUCGGCUCUCCAUCUGCUACAUGACCCGCAGGGGUUUGUCGAACAACUCUUCUCAAAGCACCUUCAAAACACCAAGUCCAAGCUGUCGCUGGAUUCCAAGAUCCUGGUCCUGCAACUAGUUACGCGACUGGUUGGUCUGCACAAACUGACAGUCGUGGCAUUAUACUCGUGGUUCAUCAAGUAUCUCAGUCCUCGACAACAAUCAGUCACUUCCAUCCUAGCAUCCCUGGCACAAGGAACCCAUAACCUGGUGCCCCCGGAUGUCCUCGAGCCUCUGAUUCAAAAGAUUGCAAACGAGUUCGUCUCUGAAGCAGCCGCCUCAGAAGUCGCAGCCGCCGGUUUAAACUCCAUCCGCGAAAUCUGCGCCAGACAACCACUAGCCAUGACAGACACAUUACUACAAGAUCUCGUUCAAUACCGCAAGAGUAAAGACAAGGGCGUCAUGAUGGCAGCCAAGGGCUUGCUCUCACUGUACCGAGAAGUCGGCGCAGAACUACUACAAAAGAAGGACAGAGGCAAGGACGCCACAAUCGGCCUCAAGAGCGGCCUGCAACACCAGCAAAGGUUCGGUGAAGAAGCAGUCGGCGGCAUUGAGGGCCUCGACCUCCUCGCCAAGUGGAAGGACGAGGAAACCAAGAAGAAACGACUCGCAAAGGGUCUCCCCGAAACCCCCGAAAGCGAUGAAGAACAGGACAAAGAAGCAGACGGCUUCGACUCAGACGAGUGGGAAGUCGGCUCCGAAGACAGCAGCGACUCAGGCGACUGGAUCAACGUCGACCACUCCGACGAAGAAGCCCCGGCAGCCAAGAAACAAAAGCACGACGACGACACACCCAACCCAGAAGACGACCCCGAAUCCGCAGCCGCCCAACUCCAACGCAUGCAACUCCUCGCCACGACCACCAUCCUCACACCCGCCGACCUCGCCAAACUCCAAGAACUCCGCGCCUCCGCGGCCAUCGAGUCCGCCGCCUCUGGCCACCGCCGCAAGCGCAACAACACCGCCAACACAAACGGCACCCUAGACGACGGCCUAACAGCCGAGAACAUCGAAGCACCCGCCAAACUGCGCAAGCUGACCAAGGAGGAGAAGAUUGCGCUCGCAAAGGAAGGCAAGCCCGAUAGAGAGGAGCACAAGUCCACGCAGGCCAUCAAGAAGAGCAAGAAGGAGGCCGCGGGCAAGAGCACCAGCAACAGAGAGAAGGCAAGGAAGAAGAACUUCCUCAUGACGCUGGGCAAAGCGAAGAGUAAGCAGAAGAGGAGUUUGGUCGAGACGAGAAAAGUGCUUAAGGGGCAUGUGGAGCGGAGUACGAGGGGUGGGAGGAGGAGGAAUUUUGCGUAG